AUGGACUCCGGCGCGCUCCUGCCCCCGGGUGAGCCGUCAACCACCAGCAAGCCCGGCGGCCGCGGCGGAUGGCCAGCCGCGCUCUUCCUCAUAGCGGUGGAGUUCGUGGAGCGCGUCGGCUUCUACGGCGUGCAGGGCAACCUGAUCAUGUACCUCACCGGCCCGCUGGGUCUGUCCACCGCGGCGGCCGCGGCCGGCGUGAACGCCUGGGCCGGGACGGCGUCGAUGCUGCCGCUCCUUGGCGCGCUCGCCGCCGACUCGUGGAUCGGCCGGUACCGGGCCAUCGUGGCCGCCGGCGUGCUCUACCUCGUGAGCUUUGGGAUGCUGACGGUGUCAUCCAUGGUACCACUACCACCACGUCAACCUCAACCAGCAGUAUCGCCGGCGGCGUCCCCUUCCCGCGCGGCGUUCUUCUACGCCACGAUCUACGUGGUGGCGCUGGCGCAGGGCUUCCACAAGCCCAACGCGCAGGCCCUCGGCGCGGACCAGUUCCCCCGGAGCUCCCCCGACAGCAUCGCGUCCCGGAGCUCUUUCUUCAACUGGCUCCACUUCUCCAUGUCCUGGGGCUUCAUCGUCGCCGUCGUCGCGCUAAGCUACGUGCAGGACAACGUCGGCUGGGCUGCCGGGUUCGGCGCGUGCUGGGCAAUGAUGCUUGUGUCCAUGUCCUUGUUUUUGCUCGGCACGAGCAUGUACCGUGUCGCCGAGCAGCCACGCGGCCGCCAUGCUCUCGCGCGGCUCACGAAAACGCUUGCAGCCACGGUGCGUGCAUGGACAGACAUUGUCUUUCGUCGCAGAGACGCCGCCAUGGACGAUGAAUGUUUACUGACGCCAAAAGAGCAGGAAGGCAAGGGGGUCAUGGUGAAGCUGCUUCCGAUAUGGAUGACCAGCGUCGUGUACGCAAUGGUGAUCGUGCAGGUGUCCACUCUGUUCACCAAGCAGGGCAGCACCAUGGACCGGCGCAUCGGCGCGACCACAGGCCUAGUCGUGCCCCCGGCGGCGCUGCAGAGCUUCGUCGGCCUCACCAUCAUCGCCUCCGUCCCUGUCUAUGACCGCGCCUUCGUGCCCCUCGCUCGGCGCGUCACCAAGCACCCCUCCGGGAUCACCAUGCUCCAGCGCAUCGGCGCCGGCAUGGCCAUCGCGUCCGUCGCCAUGGCCGUCGCGGCGCUCGUGGAAGCCGCGCGCCUCCGCGCGGCGAGGGACGCCGGCCUGGUCGACAGUCCGGGGGUGACGGUGCCGAUGAGCCUGUGGUGGAUGGUGCCACAGUACGUGUUGCUCGGCCUCGCUAAUGUGUUCACAAUGGUGGGCCUGGAGGAGUUCUUCUACGACCAGGUGCCCGACGCCCUCCGAAGCGUCGGGCUCGCGCUCUGCAUGAGCAUCAUGGGCGUGGGGAACUACGGUAGCGGUAUGCUCGUCUCGGCGAUCGACUGGGCGACGAGGCGCACGGGGGAGAGCUGGUUCUCGGACAACCUCAACCGUGCGCACCUCGACUACUUCUACUGGGCUCUGGCCGGGGUCGCUGCUCUGGAGGUGCUGGUUUUUCUCUAUUUUUCCAAGCGAUACGUGUACACAAAAAAAUGCGAGCUUGUAAUGUAG